AUGUUGUCCCUCAAUAUUUCAGCUUACUCAAAACCAUCCGAAUAUCAGGUUUCGGAGUUGCCUCAGCCGGGUCUCGUCAACUCGACUGAUGUGAUCGUCAAGGUUUUUGCGGCUAGCAUUAACCCGAUUGACGUGAAAAGGGCCAAUGGGGCUUUGAAACUGGCAGUGAAAGACCCUUUUCCGUAUAAAAUCGGCUAUGAUUGUGCUGGUAUCAUUACCGAAACUGGACGGGAUGUGCACAAGUUCAAGGUUGGAGACGCCGUCUAUAUUAGACUGCCUGAAGUUUCCCGAGGAUCAUGCAGCGAAUUUGUAAGAUGCUCGGAGGAGCAUAUUGGCCUUAAACCACCAUCAUUGUCCUUUGAGGAGGCAGCCUCAAUACCACUAGCAGCAAUGACAGCACUCCAAGCUCUUCGGCAGUAUCGUGGUGAUCUUGCAGGAAAAACUGUCUUUGUGCCCGCUGGAUUAAGCGGGACGGGCUUGUUUGCAUGCCAACUCGCAAAACAUGUAUUUCGUGCCGGAAAGGUUAUCACUACAGUCUCAACUGCGAAAAUUCCGAAACUAAGAGAACUUUUGGGGGAAAAUACUAUCGAUGAGGUUGUCGACUAUACAAAAUUCGACCCUAGAGAUGUCAUUGAACAUGGAUCGGUGGACUUUCUUUUCGAUACGGUUGGCCUUGCUAUGGAGUAUCUGUGUCUGAUGCGACAAGAGUCUAGCCGUAUCGUGUCCGUCUCAACUUUACCUUCUGGUAAUCAGCUGCAGUCUUCACCGCUCAUGAACUUGCCUCAUCGGCCCAUUAUCCCAUUUCCUUUCCGAAUGGGACUUAAUCUGCUCGAUCAGAUUCGCAAGUUCAGAGCUCGUCGGUACAAGACAGAGUAUUCAUACAUGUUUCUGGAAUCUACCGGCAAGGACUUGGAUGAAAUGAGGCAGUAUGUGGAAGAUGGCAGACUCAGAACAGUUGUGGGAACAACUGUCGACCUUCGAGAUGUUGAAUCUGUGCGAAAGGCUUGCGAGGUAGUAUACAGCGGACGGGGAGGUACAGGAAAGUUGGUCAUCCGUGUUGCCAAGCCGGAAAAGCCCUCCUAA